AUGCUUUCUUUUCAGCAGCCAGCCUUCUACCAAUCCUCAAAAUGUUUCGUCACACACGGAGUCAUGGGCCAUGUAGACCCUAAACAGCCCCCAUCUAAAGGCAAGCCGUGGACUGCCUUUGCAGCUCAGGAUUUUGUCUACACAGCCGAUCUCAUCUUGCCCCAGGAAGUUUUUGAGGUAGUCCAAGAAGAAUUAGUGAAGCAUGACGCUGCUCCCCAGUACAAGCGGAUUGUCAUGUCGCUGCACGAUAUUCUAUCUGGGGAUUUUUACAGCAGUUACAUCAAGCAAGGAAAUAUUUUGAUGCUCUCUGAGGGAAGAAGAGGGAUUGACAAUGUUUUUGCUUUGAAGAGUGGGCACUUGACAAUGUUCCUCGACAAGGAGGCAUAUGAGCGAGCCGGCUUGGUGGGGAAGCCGCAUGGCGUGAAAGGAAAUCGUGGGAUUAAGCCUCGUUGGAUUGUCGAGAUCGACCUCAACAGCUCAUCCAUGGUCAAGGGAAAGAAGGGCUACGACAGACUGAUCUAUGCUAGCAAAAAUGCCUUCAGUGGGGCUAUGACUUGGCUUUUCUACAAUAUGACUUCCACAGUGCCUGACCCAGACCCAUUGGCCACCCUCUCCCCAACCAGCUGCACGUCUAACCCAUCCAUCACACAAGACAUCGAUGCUCUCGUACCGAUCCUUAUUCCAUCAACAGGCACAUCUGAGCAAAUCGCCAGAGAUGAGCUCGAGGACUUCUCAUCCGAACUGUAUGAAUGGCUUGCUCUGGUCAGACUACAGAGUCCUCGCAUCCUACAAGGUGACAGCAUCGACCCGUACCUGUCAUUAUACCGCAUCCCAAAUGGGAGUAAUCCAGCCAAAAUCUGCAAGCUCAGUUGGCGAGGAUUUUUCUCCCCAUCAUGGACCCGUCAGACCUUGAUCGGCCUCUUCACAGUCCUCCCCUCCAAGACGUGGUUCUCUUUCAGUACAACCACCUUUUCAAAAGGCCUUGCCGGUGACAACACUGAGUGUACCUUUCUCCGACCGCCAAAUCGGCCGGGGGAGUAUCUCAUGUGGGAAGUCAGGAGUCAUGAGUGA